CCAAGAUGGCGCCGUGCGGACGUGUCCGGAGCCGCUGCCCGGGCCCGGCGCUGCUCCUGCUGCUGGCGCUGGCGGCGCGGCCGGCGGCGCCCGGCCCUCCCCCCGGCCCUCCCGGCGUCGGCGGUGCCCUGCCCGGAGUGGCGCAGCCGGCGGGGCCGGGCGCGGCCGUCCCGCGGAGCGCCCGCGGCGGCGGGUCGGGCAGCGGGUGGAAGCUGUCGGAGGAGGCGGUGUGCCGGGAGGACGUGGUGCGGCUCUGCUCCAAGCACAGCUGGGCCAACAACCUCGCCGUGCUCGAGUGCCUGCAGGACGUUCGCGAGCCAGAUAAUGAAAUCUCUUCAGACUGCAAUCAUCUCUUGUGGAACUACAAGCUGAACCUGACAACAGAUCCCAAGUUUGAAUCCGUGGCCAGAGAAGUCUGCAAGUCCACUAUUGCUGAGAUAAAGGAGUGUGCAGAUGAACCAGUUGGUAAAGGCUUCUUGGUGUCAUGUUUGGUGGAUCACAGAGGCAACAUCACUGAAUACCAGUGCCAUCAGUACAUCACCAAGAUGACAGCCAUUAUCUUCAGCGAUUAUCGGCUGAUCUGCGGCUUCAUGGAUGACUGCAAGGCUGACAUCAAUCUCCUGAAAUGUGGCAGCAUUCGACCUGGAGAAAAGGAUGCUCACUCACAAGGAGAGGUGGUGGCAUGCCUGGAAAAAGGCCUGGUAAAGGAGGCAGAGGAAACUGAUCCUCGAAUUCAGGUUUCUGAUCAGUGUAAGAAAGCAAUUCUUCGUGUAGCUGAGCUCUCUUCAGACGACUUCCACCUGGACCGGCAUCUGUACUUCGCGUGCCGAGACGACAGGGAGCGAUUCUGUGAAAACACUCAGGCUGGGGAAGGCCGAGUCUACAAGUGCCUCUUUAAUCACAAGUUUGAAGAAUCAAUGAGUGAAAAGUGUCGUGAUGCACUGACCACCCGCCAGAAGCUGAUUGCCCAAGACUACAAAGUCAGUUACUCGCUGGCCAAGUCCUGUAAGAGUGACCUGAAGAAGUACCGGUGUAACGUGGAGAACCUUCCCCGCUCCCGGGAAGCCCGGCUCUCCUACCUCUUGAUGUGCUUGGAGUCUGCAGUGCACAGGGGUCGACAAGUGAGCAGCGAGUGCCAGGGUGAGAUGCUGGAUUACCGGCGCAUGCUGAUGGAGGACUUCUCACUGAGCCCCGAGAUCAUCCUGAGCUGCCGGGGGGAGAUCGAGCACCACUGCUCGGGGCUGCACCGCAAGGGCCGCACCCUGCACUGCCUCAUGAAGGUGGUGCGGGGGGAGAAGGGCAACGUGGGGCUCAGCUGUCAGCAGGCACUUCAGACCCUGAUCCAGGAGACCGACCCCGGUGCCGAUUACCGCAUCGACCGCGCACUCAACGAGGCCUGCGAGUCGGUGAUCCAGACGGCCUGCAAGCACAUCCGCUCGGGGGACCCCAUGAUUCUGUCUUGCCUGAUGGAGCACUUGUAUACUGAGAAGAUGGUGGAGGACUGUGAGCACAGGCUCCUGGAGCUCCAGUAUUUUAUAUCUCGUGACUGGAAGUUGGACACAGUCCUGUACCGCAAGUGUCAGGGAGAUGCCUCCCGGCUCUGCCACACCCAUGGCUGGAAUGAGACCAGUGAGCUGAUGCCUCCAGGGGCUGUUUUCUCCUGCUUGUACAGGCAUGCCUAUCGCACAGAGGAGCAAGGAAGGAGGCUAUCACGGGAGUGCAGAGCAGAGGUCCAGAGAAUCCUCCACCAGCGAGCCAUGGAUGUGAAGCUGGACCCAGUUCUCCAGGACAAGUGCAUGAUUGACCUGGGGAAGUGGUGCAGUGAGAAAACAGAGACAGGGCAGGAGCUGGAAUGCCUUCAGGACCAUCUUGAUGACUUGGUGUCUGAUUGCAGGGACAUAGUGGGAAACCUCACUGAGCUGGAGUCUGAGGACAUCCAAAUUGAAGCCUUGCUGAUGAGAGCAUGUGAGCCCAUCAUCCAGACAUUCUGUCAUGAGGUUGCAGAUAACCAGAUUGAUUCUGGGGACCUGAUGGAGUGUCUAAUACAGAACAAACACCAGAAGGAAAUGAAUGAAAAAUGUGCAAUUGGAGUUACUCAUUUCCAGCUGGUUCAAAUGAAAGAUUUUAGGUUCUCAUACAAGUUUAAAAUGGCUUGCAAGGAGGAUGUGCUGAAACUUUGCCCCAACAUCAAAAAAAAGGUGGAUGUAGUGAUCUGUCUGAGCACAACUGUGCGCAAUGACACUCUGCAGGAUGCCAAGGAGCACAGGGUCUCCCUGAAGUGCCGCAAACAGCUGCGUGUUGAGGAGCUAGAGAUGACUGAGGAUAUCAGACUUGAACCAGAGCUGUACGAGGCUUGUAAAAGUGACAUCAAGAAUUACUGCCAGAACGUGCCCUAUGGCAAUGCUCAGAUUAUUGAAUGCCUGAAAGAAAUCAAGAAGCAGUUGAGCACAAGGUGCCACCAGAAGGUGUUUAAGCUGCAGGAGACGGAGAUGAUGGAUCCAGAACUGGACUACACACUCAUGAGAGUCUGCAAGCAGAUGAUCAAGCGGUUUUGUCCAGAGGCAGACUCCAAAAAUAUGCUCCAGUGUUUGAAACAAAACAAGAACAGUGAAGUGAUGGAUCCUAAAUGCAAGCAGAUGAUUACCAAGCGCCAGAUCACACAGAACACAGAUUACCGCUUAAACCCCGUGCUCAGGAAGGCGUGCAAAGCAGACAUACCAAAAUUCUGCCAAAAUAUCCUGAACAGGGCCAAGGAUGAUACAGAGUUGGAAGGGCAAGUCAUCUCAUGCCUGAAGUUGAAAUAUGCAGACCAGCGUCUCUCUCCUGACUGCGAGGACCAAAUUCGGGUCAUAAUCCAGGAAUCAGCCCUUGAUUAUCGGCUGGAUCCCCAGCUUCAGAUGCACUGUUCUGAUGAGAUUUCCAGCUUGUGUGCAGAAGAAGCAGCAGCUCAGGAGCAGACGGGGCAGGUGGAAGAAUGUCUGAAAGUGAAUCUGCUGAAAAUAAAAACUGAAAUGUGCAAGAAGGAAGUGCUCAACAUGCUGAAGGAAAGCAAAGCAGAUAUAUUUGUUGACCCAGUGCUCCACACAGCCUGUGCCCUGGACAUCAAACACCACUGUGCUGCCAUUCCACCGGGGAGAGGACGCCAAAUGUCAUGCUUAAUGGAAGCUCUGGAAGAUAAGCGUGUGAGGUUGCAGCCUGAAUGCAAGAAACGCCUUAAUGAUCGUAUUGAAAUGUGGAGCUAUGCUGCAAAGGUUGCCCCAGCAGAAGGCUUUUCUGACCUUGCCAUGCAAGUUAUGACCUCUCCAUCCAAGAAUUACAUACUGUCUGUGAUCACAGUUGGCAUCUGUAUACUCUUCCUCAUCGGCCUCAUGUGUGGACGCAUCACCAAGCGGGUGACAAGAGAGCUCAAGGACAGGUAGAGCCUGGAUUUCCUGCUGAAGAAAUGCCUGCCCAGUGCCCAGUUUUGUACAGCCCUCCUCUGUAUAGUCUACCCACCCCCUCUUGUGAGAGGAGAAUAAAAAAAAAAAAAAAAAAAAAUUAGAACAGCAGCAGGUGUUGGCUCAGUUUUCCCAUCCUGGAUCUCAUCCACAGCAUCUUCAUCCUAUGAAAGUUUGUGUGCAACAUUGGCAGCCCAGCCAGCAGCUUUUGUUACCCCUUUGUUAGCAGACUCUCGUUUACCUGCCUGUAGACAAGUCUCUGUUGUACUGUUGGAACUGCCUUCACUCUCCAAACCAGACUGAUAUGACCUGCAGCUCAAGCAGUUUUUAAGUAAAUUUUUAAAGACAGACAUAUAUCUGCAUACCGACUAUAUGAUUUAGGUAAUGGUUCAUAUUGAAAUCUAGUCAUCCUCUGUGGCUGGGUGAAAUUGAGGCAGGAAAUUAAAGGGUAAAUUGCAUCUUACACCACAGUUGGCCUUGUUUUGGACAUCUUGCUCGUCUGUGUAAAGCAUCUUCAGAGCAUAGUCUUGGACAACCUAAGGACACCAGUCACUGGUGUCAUCUCCUAGUGAAUAUCCUGCUUUUGUGACUGUGGAUUUUUUUUGGCUGAAAAGAUGUCCUCCCUUUCUUCCUCUGCUGCUCGCCAGAUAGAAUAAAAUACUGACCAGGAUCGAAUACUCAUGUGAGCUGUACAACUAUUUCAGUAGGUUAAAGACACGGUGUAGGCAUGAGGCGCGUAGACCGUCAGUAGUGAACAGUGCCACUGUCAGUGGGCAGGAAGUGCCCUGAUCAGUUACUCGGUCAACUUUUUUGUUAUGCAGUAAAAUUCUAACCCUCCUUUUAUUUUACCUCACUGCUGCCAAGCUGUUCCCCUUCCAAAUUAACUGUCUGUAGAGGGUGUUGACACACUGGCAGUGCCGUGCUCUGUCAGCGAUGCAGAAAAUGACUGAAUGCUCAAUGUGCUCUGUCUGUGUAACAAUUACUUGUGGGUUAUCACAGUGGUUUGUAACCACAAUUUGGGUCUCAAUGGUUUGAGUGGCAUAGUCUGAACCACGCUGAAGGGUCGUUUUUGUUUCCACAACUACAAUUGACAGUGAUAGCAACUGGCGUUUCCUGGGAUGUAGGACACAGGUGCCAGUCCAGAAGGCCAAGCAGGAGCGGAUGGCAGGAUGAUAGUGUUGUGUGAAAGGCAGAAAUGUCUGGAUCUUUAAGGGAAGUAGCUUUCACGUAGUUACCAUCAACAUGAGAGCCCAAAGAAGGUGUUUUAGAAAAGCUGCAACAGUAGCUGUGACCUCUUCUUACCUUCGUCUUUGUUCCUCAAGUAAAAGGAGGUGUGGAGGUCACAAAACUCAUGCUUUGACUGAAACAUGGAAUGUGUUGCUGAAAUCUAGAAGAGUGCACAAAAGUCCAUGUGUACAGUAGGAUAUAUUUUAUUCACCUUUUAGAUGUGCUCACCUGUGUGUGCUGCAGUAAAAACUUUAUUUUCCCACCUAGCACGCUGCUAGGUAAGACCUGACAUUUCCAGUUCUCCUCAUCGUUCUCUAGAAGAACAGUGGAGGUGGUUUUGGGACACUUUAAAGUGUGGACCAGCUGAUUCUGAUGAUGCUGAAUGUACAGAAUAGCAUAUACAAAAUACUGUGAGCAUUUGCUGCAACUGAAGCUUUUUGCAAAUGUACCUUCAUCCCGUUCUGAGGAUGGGCAGCAAACUGUUAGUGGUAUGGUUUUAGACUUACUGUGCUAGUGAGUCUUUCACAAACACUCCUGGUUUUGUAGCAAAGUACUACAAACACAAGGAAGCAGCAGCAGAAGUCUGAGUGAAGAAGGUUCGGUGGGGAGUCAGUACAUGGUAGGAUUGCUGUUAAGUGGUUGGGUAGAACAGAACUUAAGCCUGAAUUCCUUCUCUUGCCCCUCUUCCCUGGUACUAACGGAGCUUGACAGGCCCUCUGUCAGCAUGAAGUGGAGCAGAAGAGGAACAGUUAAUCGGGUCUCUUGAGGUAGCACAGGUGUGUAAAACCACAAAUGUUAGUUUGGCAAUUAGAAGUGUUGUUGUUUCACUUGACUGAGCACUGAAAUGACUGCUCUAGAGAUGGGUGUGUUCACAGAGCUCCCGGCAAGGGAAGUGGGAUCUAGGUGCAGCCUUGCUUGCUGGCACAAGUCCUGUUUCUACAUAAUGUCUAUCAGGGCAUAAUUAAAUUGCCAUUGGAGGGCUUUUUUUAAACUGUUGUGACUUUUCGAGAAGGCAUUUUGUAACCUGAUUAGCUUGAGAAGCCUAAUUAGAUGGUUUAUUGUCUAGAAAUAGCAUCUUCCACUAAAGUCCAAAAGACAUUGCAGUGAAAAUUGUAGGUUUGUAGCCAUAGUUCUGAAUGUAAACCCUGUUCAGCUCUGAAGGUGACUUUCUUUACUUUCAGAUAUAAGGCUUUCUUGGUUUUUUUUCUUUUUAAUGUGGAGAAGGUUAAAGUGAGGGUGCCUGGAGCACUGCAUUAGGAGUCUGUGCUCUGUGGUGGUGUUUUCUGCCUGUGUCUGUGCUUGGUGGUGUUUCUGCAGGCUAACCUGGGAGUUUGGCUUCAGUGGGAGUGUGCUGGGAGGUGUCAGAGGUAUGUGGCUGGAGGCCCUUGGAAACAAAGGUAGGAUACCAAAUAAACCCUUUGUCACUGUAAAGACACAGACCCACCUUUUAAAAGGUGGCACUGUCAAAGGGUCCUGGCCAUUUUAUCAUUUGAACAUGUUAUCUUUUCAUGUUUUAGAAUGGGGUCUCUUACUUGUGCUAAUGACCAAAUUUGCUUUUUCCUUGACUAAAAAUCUACCAGUCCCAGUCUUGAAACAUUCUCCUCCUUUUCACGCAUACCUAAAAAUCCAGAGGUUUUGCAAGCACAGAAACCCACAGGAGUGCUCUUCCAAAAAUAACCCUGGUUGUGCUGUUGCCAGCACAUCAUCUUGCCUGCAGGUAACCAUUUUCCACUGCAGGGAAAGAAAAAAUCAAAGAAGCACAGAAGGAUGGGGUUGGAAGGAACUUAAAGCUCAUUUCAUUCCAACCCCCUGCCACAGACAGGGACACCUUCCACACUAGACCAGGUUACCCAGAGCCACAUCCAGCCCACAACACAAUCUGUGCCAGUGCCUCACCACCCUUACAGGAAGGUGUGAGAAAUGGUUGUAAGAAACACUGCUGUUGCCUUGAACUUGAGAAAGCCUUUGUAACUUCUCUGGUGUAACAGAGAGUGUUAGAAAUAGCCUCAGUCAGCCAAAAGAAGCGUGUUAGUGUGGGACAACCUGGGGUGCUCCUUCCUCUUCAUGACCCUCGCUUCUCGCUGGAGAAAUCUGCCUUCCACUGAGUGCAGUUUAGGAGAUGGUUGGUGGUUAGUUUUUUUUUUCUCCUCAUCAUCAUGAAACCUUCUCUAGGAGAGCUUAUUCUAGACUUGGUGAUGCUGUUGCUCAGGGUGUGGAUGGAAGGGCUGGAUGACUGGGAUCUAGCAAGGCAUGCACCUCUCCAUUUGCUCCUAGCACUGCAAGGGUUAACAAACUACGUUUCCUAAAUGACGGCAAAUGCACGUGUCAGGAACUGUGCCUGAUGUGCUCCUCGUUACUUCACUCCUGCUAGCCUGUUACUGUUUAUUCCUGUUCAUAGUAAUAAGCUUAUUUAUUGUUUACCUAGUCCUUAACUAAUCAGGUCCUUUGGUGAGUUUCAACUUGGGAUUCUCCUGCCUCGCUUUUGUCACCAGGCUGCUGCAGUAACUCACCUGGAUAGGAACAAAACUCAUGGUACUUGAAGUACUGUCCAGCAGGUUGGGAUGAGUAUUUGUAUGUCUGUGUCACUGUAAAGGGCUGGAAAGGCCCUAGUGAAGGUCAAAUAAUUCCGUAGCAAAAUGUUAGGAUUUCCUCCAGAAUCUGAUGCUUAAAUCCAGGGGAUGUGAUCAGUCUUGCUCUGAAAGAAUCCACAGUAAGCUCACUGUAUGAAAAAUAAUGGAGAGGUGAAUGUCUCAAGUACAGAAACUAACUGCAGGUGGGUACAGAGGGAAGAAAUGCGACAAGCCAGAGGGAUCACUCGAAUCCCAUAAUGUUGUAGAGGAAUUGUGUUCAAUUUGGAUGGCAAAUUCUGUUAAAACACAAGCUUUUUAUUUAGUCAAAGAAGAUUGUAGGGUUGUUUAUUUUUACUUUAUCAGUCUUGUUUGGG